AUGACUGCAGCCCUAUCACUAUGUAUGAUCACCAUCUAUGUUUACAUGGUACGCCGCAACUUGUGCCACCAGAGGACAGGGUACACCGCAACUCUCCCCGCCGGGCAUCAGGACAUCUCCGCCGGUGAGACACUACGCCGUCGGUUAAAAGGACAGCCAGCGCAUGCUACUUAUGGUCAUAAGAUGGGCAACAAGAACGGUACUGUGAACGCCAGUCAUCAUACGAUGGGGAGCAAGAACGGUACCAUGAAGGCUGGUCAUCAUAAGAUGGGGAACGGCACCGCCCACGGGGGCCAUAAGAUGAACGGCGGGCACAACAAGAACGGUACCGUCAAGGCUGGUCAAAAAAUGAACGACGGGAAAUCGAACAACGGGAAGAACGGAACGUCCAGCAGCGGCACUUCUGGUCACAUCAUGGGUACGACGAUCAGGGCGUCUUCAUCGUCUACCUCAGUGACCACCACCACCAAGAUCAUAAUGUCAUCUGCUACUAUCACAACCUCGUCGCCUGCUCGUGUGACUACCACCACCGCCUCUCACCAUAUGAUGAACAAUGGCAAUACCAAAAACUCCAGCUCCAGCUCUGGUCACAAUAUGAGCUCGGGUGGCGAUGGCAAGUUGACCACCAAAUCCACUUCAACGUCUAGUUCGUCCAAGGCCACCAUCACCAAACCGUCGGCUUCCAUGUCCGUGCAUUCGACGUCGUCAUCUGCUCGUGCUACCACCACACCGUCUCACCACAUGAUGAACAAUGGCAAGGGCGGAAACACCAACACCAGCUCUAGUCACAUUAUGGGCUCCAGCAGCAAGGUCAUCUCGACGAUCAAGUCCAGUUCAACGACAACCUCAUCAAGGGAAACCACUACCAGAGUCUUAGCUUCCACUACGAUGUCUGUUCGACCGAUGUCGUCCCCUGCUCAUGCUACUACCACUACCGUUUCUAGCCAUACGAUGAACAACGGCAAGGGCGGAAAUCCUAACACCAGCAUGGGCUCGAGCAGCAAGGGCAGCUCGGCUACGAAACCCACGACAACAUCUACUUCGUCAAAGGCCAGCAACACCAGCAUGGGUCACAAUAUGGGCUCAGGUAAUAAGGGCAGCUCGACUAUCAAAUCUACUUCAACGUCAAAUUCGUCAAAGGCCAUCACCAAGACAUUGGCUUCCACCACCAAGUCGGCGUUUUCAUCAUCUUCUCGCGCCACGACCGCUGCGUCCAGCCACACUAUGAACAAUGGCAAGGGCGGAAACUCCAAUACCGAGUCUAGUCACAAUAUAGGAUCAAGCAACAAGGGCACCUCGACUAUCUCGACAUCGACUUCCUCAAAGGCUACCGAUACCAACACUGGUCACAACAUGGGCUCAAGCAACAAAGGCAGCUCGACAACCAUAUCCACCUCCUCAAAGGCCACCGCUAUCAAGACCGUGGUUUCGUCUGCCUCUAUCACCAGUUCGUCGUCUACUCGCUCGACGUCAUCAUCUGCAAGAGCUACAACCACCGCCGCAUCUGGUCAUAUGAACAACGACAAGAAUGGAACCAUCAGCAACAAAGGCGAUUCGACCACUAAAUCCGCUUCACCUACUUCGUCAAGGGCCACCGCUACCGGAACUGUAGUUUCCUCUAUGAAACUUGGGUCUACUCUCAAAUCCACUUCGACCUCUACGUCAUCGGUUGCCACCGCUACCAAGACCACAGUUUCGUCGGCUUCCGUUACCAGUUCGUCGUCUGUUCGCGCGACGUCAUCCGCUGCCCGUGGUACCAUCACCGCGUCGACCUCGUCCACCGACUGUCCUCCUCCGAAGACCAAGUUCGUCACUGUGACCGUCACCCGGAAGGCAACCGCGACUGCGUCUAGCAAGGACGAUGGCAAGACGAACCAGAACCAGAACACGAACACUUCUAGCUCUACUGUUACUACCGCCACCGGUAAUCCUAUUGCGUCAUCAUCAUCAUCGAGGAGUGCGAUCGUGGCCGCCAAGCCCACUGGGAAGGUGAUGAGGCGCCAACGGAGAAGUCUCCAAUGCAACAUUACUCGACUCCAGAUUGUGAAGGGCCUUUCGGCCUCGAUGUCCUCGCUUUCACAAGUUGGUACCUCUGAUGAAAUUGACGCCGGGAUAGCCGCUGCUGUUCAACAAGCCCAAGACGCACUGAAUACUUCGUUAGUCGGGAUUAAGACUAUUAUGGAAGCCCUUGGUGCGGGCGAGCUCUCGCCUGCUUUUGCAUGGUCACAAGUUGACAAUGGGUUAAAUGUCGCCAAUGCUGCUCUGGACAGUAUCACUUCAUCAAGCGAAGCUGUGAAUGACGUAUUUACUGUUGUUCAAGACCAUAUCGCUUCGACGCGGGAAGCGACCAAGGCUGUAGCGGAGACUUGCAAUUAGCCCUAUUUCGACUUCGGACAUUCUUCUGGAGUUAUAUUCUCGCUUGACUUACAAAGAAUGUCUACGGACUUGUACAGUUUGACAUUCCCAGAGUUGCUGCAAGGUGUAUGAAAAUCUGCGACCAACCACUGCU